AUGGCCUGCAACACCCGCUGCGGAUCCACCUGCGGACCCACCCCGCUGGCCAACAGCUGCAACGAGCCCUGUGCCCUGCAAUGCCAGGAUUCCCGCGUCGUUAUCCAGCCUUCUCCCGUGCUGGUCACCCUGCCAGGACCCAUCAUGACCUCCUUCCCCCAGAACACCGCCGUCGGAUCCACCUCCUCGGCUGCCGUGGGCACUGAGCUCAGUGUGCAGGGACAGCCCAUCUCUGGUGGAUUUGGUGGCUUUGGCUACGGCCUUGGCUACGGCCGUGGGUUUGGCUAUGGGCUGGGAGGCCUGGGCUGCUAUGGCAGAAGGGGAUAUGGCUACAACUGCUAAGGUCCCUCCUUGGCACCACUCCUGACAGCAACCACCCACUCUCUGGAACACACCCCAGGCAUUGAAGAUGCAUCUCUGGGCAAAGGUUGUCAAAGGUGUUCAGCACUUCCAGCUCCUGCUCUGAGGGUACCAAGCAAGGCAGUAGCCAAGGGGCCAGCUCAGACUGCCUGCAAACAUGGCCUAUCUCUCUUUGCCUGCAAACAUGGCCUGUCUCUCUUCCUUCUCUUCUUCCA